AUGUCGUAUCCCAAAGAUCCGUACUAUGAGAAAGCUCCUACAGGUGGCAGCUAUCCACAAAUGGCUGCGGCACCAACAGGCCAGUAUUUUCCACCAUCAUACCCUAGUGCACCUCCACCAUAUUCAGCGGUUGCUCCUGCAGGACCUGGGGCAGCAGUGCCCACCUACCAGCCGGCUCCAUAUGCUUAUGGUACAGCAGGUGUACCAGGACAGCCUUAUUCAUCCAGUCACAUGGUGAACUCUGCCCCUCCUCCAUACGUCAACUACGGACAACCAGCUUUUAACCCUGGCUACCCAGUUCAGCAAGGGUUUGCCUACAGUGUACCACCAGUAGCAGCAGCUCAGUUUGAUGCCGGUGCAAGAUUUGAUGGUAUCGCAUCACAGAACAUUCCGCCACCACCCCCAGGUUAUGCCCCGAAUGCAGCACAGAUGGCAGCCGCUCAUGGUGGGACAGUGAUUGCCACCCAGAAGAAAUCUAACUGGUUUUCUGGCAAUGGAGGCGGAGUUUCAUUUUGGUAA